GCCAAGUGCUUGGUGUGUGCAUGUGUACAGGAGCAGAACCAGAGACAGAGAUACAGAGAGAGAGAGAGAGAGAGAGAGAGAGGGAGAGAGAGAGAGGAGGAGCAGGCGAGGAAGGGGCCGGCUCUGAAUUAUUUCACCUACCCCCCCCAUCAACCACAGGAGGGAGGGGCCAAGCCAAGCUGCCAAUCAAGCUCACUCGUGGCAGCCGGCAUUAUCUCUGCUGCAAACUAUUGACAGAUUACAUGUCAAGGAGUUUAGUACAUGAUUGAGAGAAAAAGGCUUUUUAUUGUCAAGUUAUCUUAGCUCUUCUUUCUCACAGACCAGCUUACUUCUGAUGAUUUUCAAGCAGAGUUGAGUAAUAUUAUGAAAGUUACAUGCCUGACAGGAUUUAACUUCGACUACCCUGAAUAUGCUGAGAGGAGUUUAUGCACUGAAAAGACCUCAGGAAAAUCCAAGAUGGCCGCCAAAAGGAAGGGUGGCCUAAAGUUGAACGCUAUCUGUGCCAAGCUAAGCCGGCAGGUGGUGUACGACGGCAGUUCCCAGAACGCCGAGGGAGACUCAGACCUAGUGGACAACAGCGAGCGGGGCAGCCUGCACUAUGAUGAAGGCGACAGGCCUGAAAACGACUUCCCAGAGGGUCUGACUCUGGGCCAGAGCUUGGAGGAGGACCAGAAACGGCGUGAGGCCAUCGAGAAGUGGGUGAACGGCGAGUACGCUGACGAUCCGCAGUCCCUAGACGGGGUUGUACACAGGGGACUCAAACCCAAUGGAGGCGAUGGUCCGCCUGUGGGUGUCUACAUGGUGCAACCCAAAGGCUGCAGUGACGAUGAGGACAACACAGAAGAAGCAGAGACCAUGCCCGGGUCCCAUGAGGGCAGUUAUCAUGAGGACAGGGAUUCAGUGGGCAGCCCGCAAAAAGACGACAGCUUCCAGCCCACCAGUGACGCUCCCCCUCGACAGGCUCCCUUUGCUUCACCAGGGGAGGCCUUUGCCCUGCAGGACUAUGCCGCCAACACCAUGAACGAGUUCCUACACAUGUUUGGCUAUGAUGACCAGCAGGUUCGGGAUGAGCUGGCCAAGAAGAUCAGCUUUGAGAAGCUGAAAGCAGCUACCUCAGACCCAUCCUCCCUGAGCAGCGAGGAGGCCACCCGUCGAGCUCGCUUCUCCAAGUACGAGGAGUACAUCCGUAAGCUAAAGGCCGGAGAGACCCUACCCUGGCCCGUGCACAGCAAACCCGAAGAGCCCAACUCCAAAAUGGCACAGGAGAAGAGCGCCAACCUCAUCCAUCCAGCCCUCUCAGUAACAGAGGGGCAGAUUUUUCCACCUGGAAUGAACAACAAGCAAAGCUCCAUUACCGCUCCCACAACCACCCCCUCACACAUCCAGAACCUGGCAACCCGGGCUUCCAAGUACGAUUUUUUCAUCCAGAAGCUGAAGAUGGGCGAGAGUCUUAGACAGCAGAACGGCAACUCCUACAAGCGGCCCUCCAAGUACGACCUGGAGAAUGUCAAAUUCCUGCACCUCUUCAAACCAGGAGAGGGCAACCCUGACAUGGGCGGGGCUAUCGCAUUUAAGACUGGCAAGGUUGGCAGGCCAUCAAAAUAUGAUGUACGAAACAUCCAGAAGCUCAUCCCGGGGAAGGUUGACCCUCCAAUGAUGCCAGGCGUGCUCCCAGCUACAUCGGGGACUCCGGGCACGCCAGUCAUCAACACAGCUACCCCCGCCGGGGUCGUGGGGACUCCGGGAUUGCCAGUAGACCAGGCGGGCCACCUGGGCUUUGGCACAGAUUACAUGAAGUCCAGCUUCUCCAAGACUGACUCGAUCACUACUGGAACCGUCUCCUCAGUCAAGAACGGCCUUCCUGUGGAGAAGCCCGCGCCUGAGGACAUCAACGUGUACCAGAAAUAUAUCGCCAGGUUCUCGGGGAGCCAGCACUGUGGCCAUGUGCAUUGUGCUUACCAGUACAGAGAGCAUUAUCACUGCAUGGACCCUGAAUGUAACUAUCAGAGAUUCACCAGUAAGCAGGAUGUGAUAAGGCAUUAUAACAUGCAUAAGAAGCGGGACAACUCCCUGCAGCACGGAUUCAUGCGCUUUAGCCCACUGGAUGACUGCAGCGUGUACUACCACUGUUGCCAUCUCAACGGCAAGAGCACCCACUACCACUGCAUGCAGGUGGGCUGCAACAAGGUGUACACAAGCACCUCUGAUGUCAUGACUCAUGAGAACUUCCAUAAGAAAAACGCACAGCUGAUCAACGAUGGCUUCCAGAGGUUCCGGGCCACCGAGGAUUGUGGGACAGUUGGCUGCCAGUUUUACGGGCAGAAGACCACCCACUUCCACUGCAGGCGCCCUGGCUGUACCUUCACCUUCAAGAACAAGUGUGACAUAGAGAAGCACAAGAGCUAUCACAUCAAAGAUGACGCUUACGCCAAGGACGGCUUCAAGAAGUUUUACAAAUAUGAGGAAUGCAAGUACGAAGGCUGCGUCUACAGCAAAGCCACCAACCAUUUCCACUGCAUACGCCAAGGCUGCGGCUUCACCUUUACCUCCACCAGCCAGAUGACCUCUCACAAACGCAAACACGAACGACGCCACAUCCGCUCCUCGGGCGUGUUGGGACUAGGCUCCUCCUUCUUGUUGCCUAAAGAGGAGCUGGAAGAGUCAAGCAACGAUGACCUCAUGGACUUCUCCGCCAUCAGCAGCAAGAACUCCAGCUUAAGUGCUUCUCCAACCACCCAGCAGUCCUCCACAGUACCGCACCUGAUGUCCACUCCAACCACCACAAUGUCCUCCAACCACAAUGUCAAGCCCACCGCCGCGCUGCCUCCGGUCAGCCGCAUAUCCACCUUGCUCUCCCAGGCUCUGCCCAGCAACGUGCCCAUGGCCUUGGCUCUUUCCAACAGUCCGCUGACCGGGGCCUCCAACCCCUUCUUUCCCCUCAUUCCCAGAAUGCCCAUGCAGCUCACACACACGGCCGCUGGUUUGAUCUCAGCUGCCACCUCCGUAGCUCAAUGUAACUCCAUGCCUAACGAUUCUCUACUACAAACCUCAACCCCGACUGGGGCCCCGUCCCCUGCUACUGUAGCUUCCACCCCGACUUCCUUCGCCGCGUCAUCCAUCAUGGAGAAGAUGACGGCCAGCAAGUGUCUGAUUUCUCCAAUGAUGGCCAGGUUGGCUGCUGCUGCCUUGAAGCCCUCCGCUAACCCGGAUGCAGGGAUCGGGCAGGCGGCUCAAAUGGUCCGGUUUAAACCGGUCGAAGUAAAGCAGGAACCCAUGGACUGCGCCUCCGGGGCAUCCCAAGACUCCGUUCAAGAGCACAGCCUGGACUUGAGCAAGAAAGACCACAGCACUGAAUCAAACGGACACCCAGCACCGGGAAAUACAUCUCUUUUAUCUUCACUUAUGAAUAAGACAUGCGUGUUUACAUCUGUGCAGAUGACACACAUGAAUCCGGGCUUCUUCAACACGUUGGAUCUGAAGUCAGAGCUGGAGGGAGCUCAAGCAAUCGAUGGUUCAGACGCAACUCAGUAUUUCAGCGCGAUGAUGAAGAGGUCAGGCAAGGAGAAACCGGCUGAGCUCUGGAGGGCCUAUUUGCACAGGUAUGACAUUGACGAUUUCUGUGAAGCUCAGUGUGAUUUCUUGCACAAGAUACACUUCCAUUGCCUGGUGGAAGAUUGCGGAGCUCUUUUCAGCACGGUGGACGGCGCCAUCAAACACGCCAACUUCCACUUGAGGGCCAACCUGAAGGUUAAAUCGGAGACCCCAUUCAACGAGAGCAAGGAAUCCAACGACAGUGCCCCUAAUCACAUGGCUGCCCCUAUUUCCAUGGCCAAGACGCCUCCCAUGGACGUGCCCAGCCUGGCUGUGUCGGGAGGGUACAGCUCUUCUCCAUCUCUCCAGGCUUGGAAACAGCUGGCUGGGUCCGUCCCUCAGCUUCCCGCCUCCAUGCCCAGUAUGCCGGCCACUUCCCCCCUGGCCACCACGUCCCUGGAGAACGCCAAGCCCCAGGUCAAACCCGGCUUCCUGCAGUUCCAGGACAAUGAUCCGUGUCUGGCCACUGACUGCAAAUACUCCAAUAAGUUCCACUUUCACUGUCUGUUUGGAAACUGCAAAUAUGUGUGUAAAACAUCCGGCAAAGCUGAAUCGCACUGCCUGGACCACAUUAACCCCAGCAACCACCUGGUGAAUGUGCGAGACCAGUUCGCCUACUAUUCUCUGCAGUGUCUCUGUCCAAACCAGCACUGUGAGUUCCGCAUGAGGGGUCAUUAUCAUUGCCUGAGACCCGGCUGCUACUUUGUCACCAACAUCACCACCAAACUACCGUGGCACAUCAAGAAGCACGAGAAAGCCGAGAGACGCGCCGCCAACGGGUUCAAAUACUUCACCAAGAGAGAAGAAUGUGGAAGACUUGGGUGCAAGUACAACCAAGUUAACAGCCAUUUCCAUUGUAUCCGUGAAGGCUGUCAGUUCUCCUUCCUGCUCAAGCACCAGAUGACCUCCCAUGCCCGCAAACACAUGAGGAGGAUGAUGGGGAAAAACUUCGACCGGGUUCCUUCCCAGGUGCGCUCUCAUGCUCAUCAGGCUGAAGACAUGCAGCACAUGGCAGGUCUAGCGUCGUCUGGUGUGAUGGGCAGCCACCCUAGUCUGACUUCAAACUUCUCCAACAUGAUGGAUGAAAAUGAUGAAUAUGUGGACUACACUGGUGGUGGAAGCCCGCUGGGCCUCUCCUCAGAAUCCUCUAACCCAGACCGCAGUUGCAGCAGCACCCCUGUGGGCAACGAUAGCUCGCCUGCAGGACCAGGCUGUCAGGUCCCUGCCACCACUACCUCUGCCGAUACUCCUCCUUCUUCUCAGUCUGCACCGCUUCCUCCACCUUCUCAUCAGCCCGCGCUCCAGAGUCAGCCUCCAUGUCUCUCCUCGGCUCUUCUCCGGCCGCCACUCCCUUCGCUUCCAUACCUUAUCUCCCCAUCCUGUCUGUCAUACUCUCUGCUCAGCGCCUCUCUCGGAGCCAGUAGGAGUGUUGUCAUGCCAACCAACACACCAGCUUUCAGCCCCAUCAUUCCUACUUCGUCUUCGGUAAAAAAUGACGUCCCUAUAGUGCAGGACGCUGCAGGUAACACCAUCUCUAUUCCCACGGCAACUGGCUCCAAGAAACGUUUCUGGAUCAUCGAAGACAUGUCACCCUUCGGCAAGCGUCGCAAGACUGCCUCAUCUCGCAAGAUGCUGGACGAAGGCAUGAUGCUGGAGGGCUUCCGCCGCUACGACCUCUACGAGGACUGCAAAGACACGUCCUGCCAGUUCUCUCUGAAGGUCACCCACUACCACUGCACGAGGGAGAACUGCGGCUACAAGUUCUGCGGACGCACCCACAUGUACAAACACGCCCAGCACCACGACCGCGUGGACAACCUGGUCCUGGACGACUUCAAGCGCUUCAAGUCAUCACUGUGCUGCAACUUUCCAGACUGCCAGUUCUCUGGAAACAGCACCCAUUUCCAUUGCCUGCGCUGCGGCUUCCGCUGCACGGACAGCACCAAGGUCACGGCGCACCGAAAGCACCACGGCAAGCAGGACGUAAUCAGCGCUGCCGGAUUCUGUCAGUUCAGCUCCAGCGUCGACUGCGAAGUAGCCGACUGCAAGUACAAGCUCAAGUGUUCGCAUUUCCACUGCACUUACCCGGAGUGCAAGCACACAGUGGUAGGGAUGUCCCAGAUGGACUCCCACAAGCGCAAGCAUGAGAAGCAGGAGCGUGGUGAGCUGCCGUCUGUGUCCCCCAACCGGGAUGGCAACCACCACCAUCCAGGCCUAGCUGUGCCCCCAGUGUCCAUGAACCUGCCCCUGACCUCACCCGGCACGCCGGGGCUGACCUACAACAAUGUGGCCAUGUACCUUCCUUCGACUGGGAGCGCCGGUGAGUAUGAGCAUCCUGCAGUGAACCUCGACAGCUCUCUGAACCUGGGAACGGACACCAACAGCUCGCUGUUCUUCCUGAAAAAUGCUGCUGGAUUGGGUCUCUGCGACUCCAUGGACCUGAGCAAGAAGAUGCAUCGGGAACCACUGUCCCUGAUCCCUGGCCCCGCUACCUCGAUGGGCCUGACCAAUCCUCAUGACGACACUACCGGCACAUCUGGAGAUCCAGAAGAUGACCUGUCCGCUGAGGAAGAGCCGAUAGCCGAGGAGGACGAUGACGAUGAUGAGGAAGAAGACGAGGAACAGGAGGAGGACAUGAACACAGACUCGUACGAAGAUUCCAUGCCGGACAAUGGCGAGAGUUUUAAUGCUUCCAUGAACCACACCGAGACUUCCCGACUGGAUAAGGAGGAGCGGGAGACUGAGCCCUAAUCUAUGCUGUAGAAGAAGAACUAUGAAUUCCCUGAACAAACGCAAGUUUGAGUGGCCUCAUUUAUCAUGCUUAGAGACGCUGCAGAUGACAGGCAAACAAGUAACUACACAAGAAAAGUGAAGGCCCAAAAUGAUUUAUUAUGAUGUUUACAAGAUGACCAACAUUAUUAAUUUAAUUAUGCAUUAAAAAAUGAACAGAAAUAGACAGACGAGGCCCUCUUUUACACAUGGGUGGCUAUGUAAACCUUUUCCUACACAUCAGUCUUUUGUGUGUGUGCAUGUUUGACUUUAAUUUAUUCAAUUUCAUUUGUUACUUUUUGUGUGUGGAUAAAAAUAAGGAAAAAACAAUCUCUCUAUAUAUGAAUAUCUAUAUAAAGUAGACGUGUGGAUGUUAAUGUACAUUUUAAUUGCAGUCACUGGGUCGCAGGACCCUCGUACCACUGGAGUGGUACAGGAAAUAUUUUACAAAAGAAUGUCGCUGACAAUAACUGAUUUAGAAACAUCUUGUGUCAUUUUUAAUAAUAUUGAAGUGCAGCGGCCUGCGCCAGUUCUUUGAUGCUCCUCAGUUUAUCAGUUGAUUCUGUUUUUAUUAUUUACAAUUCUCACAGUUCUCACUUAAACCUGCUAUCAUGGUCUGUGAUGUCAUAGGCUCAAUUCCACAUGGACGUUCACCUCUUUAGGACAAACAGUAACCAGUGACUGCAAAGCUCGAGGCCAUAUGAACGCAGCUCACCAAAUUUUCUCAACGAGGACCCGUUUGGCAUUGCAUAUUCAUAGCGCACUUUUGUAUAGAUGAAAGCUCAAGCUUCUAUUUAAGAAAUGUUGUUGUCUUUUACACAAUUGCAUUACUAUGGCUUUUUCGUUUGUUUGUUUUUGCAUUAUUUUGUAAUUGCACAGGCAUGACCGGAUGACGUGAAAGUGUUUCACUGUAAAUGGGUUCUUUUGCGAUGACGGGGGCGAGCAGCCCCCUGUGUUUUGGAAAGUUUUUAAUGUGAUGAUGGUGCUACUGCCCAGGAUGAAUGGGAGAAGAUUACAGCUAUGUCAUUUUUUGAGUUUUUCUCCUCCACAAAAUAGACGUACUCAAGUAUCCAUCAAACACAAAGCAGGAGACAAGUGUCUCGGAAUGUAGGGAAAAAACAAGACUUUUGUAGGUGUUAUUUUUCCUCUUCCCUUCACUGUUUCUGUAGCAUGAAAAAACUGUUGUAACGAAGUCGGAGGAUGGAGACUGGCUUUUUGAAGCUUCUUUUUUUCAGAAGCCUCAUAUAUCUAUUUCUAAAAUGGGAAGAAACGUGGGGAGAGACUCUUAGUUUUUCUAAGAGGGCUGAAUGGAGGACUGACAUCACAGAAACACCGUGAUGAAUGCUGGUGAUGGAAAGUGUGUGAUUUUAUGAAUUGUACAGACAGAAAACAAUGUUUCAAGCUUUCAUUUUCUCAUUACAACAGAUGUGGUUUCACUCCAACAAUGACACGUUAUUUAAUAUUUAUGUGACCUUGCGAUGAGAAAAUUCUAGGGUGUUUUUGCACUUUUUAGGUUCAUUUUUACCUUUUGAAAUGAUAUUUUAUCUUUUAACAGGGAAUUUGCUUUAUAAUGUUGCUUAGUUCACUUUGCUUUGAUGCACAAAUAGUCUUCAGUGUGAUGAAGAUUCUGUUGCUCUGUGUUUUAUUUAAGGAGAAAAAAAGGAAAAAAAAGGUUUCUUUGCUUCCAAGAUUGAAUGAUUUCAACGUGAGACAGGCAUGCUAGGACCUGGCCUGCCAAACGCAUAACACUAAUGAUGACUGUAAUUUAUAUGAAUUCUAUACAGAGGAAAUAAUUGCAGUGCUCCGCUCCAAAUUACACACAAAAAAGAGAGAAUGAAUUUUGUUUGCUUGGCCUCUCUUGAAUAUAACAAGAAAAAAAUGAGGCAAGGAAAUUACGAUUAAUUGUUUCCUAAACGUGGCUUUGAAGAACUAUCAUUAUAUAGGAAACUAAAUGUGUAGAUGAAUAUCUUCGAAAUAUUGUUUCAGGAGGGAAAAGGUUGUAUAGUAUUUUCUUCUGUAAAAACUAUAUAUGAACAAAAAUGCUCUUUGAUUAAAAGCUUCCUUUAAAAAUAAAAUAAAAAGGAGAAAUAAAGAAUAAAAAGUUAAAAACUGACGUUACACCAGUAUAGUUUGCUUGUAUGUAUGUGCGUGUGAGAAACAGCGUGCGAGUGUUUGCGAGGUUGUGUUGUUAUUGCUAUGGUUUUCCCAUAGUGGUAGAGGAAUUAGUGGUAAUUAAAUCUAUACGAGUCCCAUUAUUGUAGCACUGAACAGUGGAGUGUGCAUUUCUACCUUUUACGAUAAAAAAUCAUAUUUUUCAAAGCUGUAUAUCGUGCGCAGUAACAAUGUUCAUCACCUCCGAUAUCCGAAUCAUUUAAUACCACCCAGAACUCUGUUUUGUUUGUUAUUGUUUUUGUGUGUUUUAUUUAAAUUUGUUGACAUGUAUUUUGCAUAUGGCAUGCCCCUCUCACAGGACGUUGUGUUCUCUGGUCUCAAGUGCAAGGCUGCAAGGUUGAUUUCUGCCUCCCGGUGAAACACUGAUAUGGCUUUUGGCCUGGGAGCUUUACCGUGCACUCGAAUACAUUUUGUGUGUAAAAUAGCAGGAUUUGUAAAGACUCAAAAUAAAGAAAUUAUAAUUAUUAUAACAA